AUGGCGGACUCCGCUCAUGAGGCCCAAGCAACAAUCGUAGUUCUCGUCGAAUUCGUUGCUGUCAUCGCUAUAAUCGCCUUUCUCAUAUUUUUAUAUACACAGAGAAAGAUAUUCAGCGGCUUCUGGCAUUUUAUAUGCCAGUCCUUUCGGAGGAAACCGACGUCGCCGUCAAGUAAAUCAGAUGGCCCUACUCAGCUUACCAGUCGCGAUCUUGAAAAAGGUGUCGCCGCCGGGCAACCUGGCAUAACGAUGGCCUCCGGUUCUCUAACACGCGUCCUUGCCUACAUACAAGGCUUGCCCCGCGAAUCCGAUGAUUAUUUCACUAUGCACGAAAUAUCAAUCACUGCCUCGGCCCGCUCGCGCGAAGUGACAGAAUCAGUCCGCGCACUCACUGAAAGAUCUGACGAAGGCAGUGAAGAGUCGCUAGAGUCAAACUGGAUAGAGAUUAUCCAGAAUUUCCCCGUCCCUCCUGACUCUGCGGUUCUCAGACGCAUGCUAGAAGGAGGAUUCAGCCAUGACCUGGGUCUCGAGCUUAACUCUGGUCUCGAGCAGACUCCUGCUGGUAAUAGCCAAACACAAGUCGAAGAAGUGACCUCAGCUUCUAAUGUCCCAAGUCAGGACGACGAUAAGGACAAAACACCAGUCUUAGCCAAUGAUUCUUCUCGUGUGCCACCUGCCUCUCCGCCAUUGAGCAGCACUGCGAUUGACUUGACAACCUCAUCUUCCAAACUAUGUACUUGGUUAUCACAUGCCGAUAAUGCAACCCAUCCCCCUCCUGCUCCUUAA